AACCAAUAGGUAAAGGAGAGCUUGAGGCAGCACUCAAAGGCAUCUCCUAGAAAUAAAGAGAAAUGAUAAGGAAAAAAAGGAACAACAGUAAGGAGAGCAUCUUCAAAAUUGUGUGGAUAACAAGAAAUUCCAAGCAACGAACAAAGCAAAACCUUUCCCAAUAAUCAAAGAUUUCCCAGAUUUCAAGAACGUCAAGAAUCCAACAUUGCUGAAAAUUCAAGUCAUGUGUCCAUGAGAAAAAAACAGAGAGCAUCUUCAAUAGUGAUAAGAUAAUUUGAUGAAUUUUGGAAGUUCAGAAAAGGCAGUAAGCAAAGCAUCUUCAACGACAACAACAAAUUUCAUGCAUAACAUGCAACUGCACGAGCAGGGCAUUAUAAAUGUUGGUCACGGCCAGAGUCCUCUGUAUUCAAAGCCAGCAUAUCCUCCUUCCAUCACUCAAGCAACUCAACUCAAGAGCCGUUUUCAGCAAUAUUCCUUGAUCACCAACCAUCAAGAAAUGGCAGAAGGCGUUCUCUUCGACAUUGCUGCACGAAUCAUUGAGAGCUUGGGCUCCCUGGCUCUCAAAGAGAUCGGACUGCUCUGGGGUGUCACAGAUGACCUUGAGAAGCUCAAGAACACCGUUUCGACAAUCCAAGCCGUGCUUCUUGAUGCCGAGGAGCAAUGGGCAGUGAACCGAGAAGUUAAAGAUUGGCUUGAAAAGCUUAAGGAUGUCGUUUAUGAUGUAGACGACUUGCUGGAUGGUUUCUCCACUGAAUGUCUGUUGCGAGAGAUGAUGACUGGGGAUAAGAUGGCAAAAAAGGUACGAAUCUUCUUCUCCAAAUCAAACCAGCUUGUCUAUGAUUUUAAAAUGGGCCGUGAGAUUAAGGAGAUUAGACAGAAGUUAGAUGCCAUAAAAAAUGAUAGGAAAUUCCACUUGGAGCAACGCCCUGUAGAGAUAGGAGUCAGGGCUAGGAGGAGGGAUGAUACUCAUUCCUAUGUACCUGCGGCAAAAGUUACUGGUAGAGAAGAUGACAAGAAGGAGAUCAUAAAAAGACUUCUUUCUGAUUCCGAGAAUGUCGAAAUCCUUCCGAUUACUGGCAUAGGAGGCUUAGGAAAGACCACACUAGCUCAAUUCAUCUUUAAUGAUGAGGAAAUAGAUAAACAUUUUCAACUUAAAAUGUGGGCUUGUGUCUCUGAGAGUUUUGAAGUCGAGAAAGUUGUUGGAAAAAUCUUAGAAUCGGUAACAAAAAAGAAGCCAGAGUUUGCGGGAAUGGAUACAUUGGUGCAUGAUCUUCGAAAAGAAAUCGGUGGAAAGAAAUACUUACUUGUGUUGGAUGAUGUUUGGAAUGAGGAUGUUAAAAAAUGGGAUGAUUUGAAAGUACUGUUGGAGGUUGGUGCAAGUGGCAGUAGAAUAUUAAUAACUACACGAAGUAAAAAAGUUGCUCAAAUUACCCAAACAAUUGCAGAAUAUUCCUUACAGUGUUUAGACGAACGGGAGUCAUGGUGUUUAUUCAAGCAAGUGGCAUUUGAGAAUGGACAAGUGCCUGUUAAUUCUAGAGAAGUGGAAGUUGGAAAGGAGAUUGUAGAAAAGUGUUCAGGUGUCCCUCUUGUCAUCAAAACAAUUGGAAGGUUACUCUCCUUGGAAAAUUUUGAAGAAGGGUGGGUUUCUUUCAAAAACAAUAAGCUGCAAAAAAUAAAAGAAAAUGACAUCUUACCAACUCUUAAGCUGAGUUAUGAUCAACUUCCAUCACAUUUGAAACAAUGUUUUGCUUAUUGUAGUAUAUUUCCAAAGGAUUACGUGAUGGAAAAAUCAAAAUUGAUAAAUCUCUGGAUAGCACAGGGGUUUAUCAAGCUAUCCAAUCAAAAUGAAUCAUGUCUUGAAGAUGUUGGUCAUGAGUAUUUCAUGGAUUUACUUUGGAGAUCGUUCUUUCAAGACGCUGAAAUGGAUGAUCUGGGAAACGUGAUUACGAGUAAAAUGCAUGACCUCAUGCAUGAUCUUGCAAUGUCAGUAGCAGGACCAUUGAUCACCAAACUAGAAUCCAAGGAAAAAACCAUUGGUGAUCAGAAAAUUCGGCACGUAUCUGUUGUCAACAAUAUAGAUUUUUCCAUUGAAAUUCCAACUUCCUCGACUAAAGCCAGUAGGAUUCGAACACUUCUUUCGCUUGGUGGAUUCAAGGAUUUGAAAGAAGUGUCAAGUACUUCAUGUGAAGCAAUAUUUUCAAAUUUGAAGUUCUUGCGCGUGCUGGAUUUAAAUGGAAGAGAUCUCGAUCUACCGAGUUCCAUAUGUAAGUUGAAGCAUCUAAGAAAUCUUGAUCUUUCACAGAAUUGGAAAAUCGAGAAGCUGCCCGAUUCCAUAAGUAGAUUGCAAAAUUUGUAUUCACUAAGACUCUCUGGAUGCCGGAGACUUAAAGAAUUGCCUAGAGGAAUUACGAAAUUAGUCAACCUCAGGCAUCUUUACAAUGAUGAAUGUUAUAGUUUGACUUAUAUGCCACGUGGAUUGGGGCAAUUGAAAAAUCUCCAGACAUUAUCUAAGUUUGUUGUCAACUCAGAUGCAGCCCCAAAAGAUAGUGGCCGGUUAAGUGAGCUAAAUACACUAAAUAGCUUAAGAGGAGAAUUACAGAUUUUGGAUUUGAGACAUGGGGAAGACGUCACAUUAUUAGACUAUAAGGGUGCAAAUCUAAAGGAGAAAGAACAUCUUCAGGUUUUGGCUUUAAUGUGGAGCGGAAAAAAUGAAGAAAAUAUGGCAUUGGAAGGCCUUGAACCUCACCCAAAUCUUAAAAAGUUGUCCAUUGGUUCUUAUUGGGGUGUGAAGCUUUCGGAAAAACCAGGUUUUUCGUCACUCACAAAUCUUGUUGAUUUGGAAUUAAGCUAUUGUAGGAAAUUGAAAUAUUUGCCACCACUGAGUCGACUACCCUCUCUUAAGAGACUUUCUCUGUUCAGUCUUGAUGAAAUAGAGUACGUAUCAGAUUGUAGUGACAACAAUGAGUUUUCUUUUUCUUCAUCAGCAUUCUUCCCAUCUCUGCAGAAAAUUUGGAUCAAUGACUGUCGUAAGCUGAAGGGCUGGUGGAGGAGGAGUGAUUCUUAUAAUGUGGAUGUCAAUACUACUGAUCAUGCUUUACUGCUAUUUCCUCGUCUUUCAGAAUUAAUAAUAUUGCGUUGCCCUAUGUUGACUUCAUUGCCAAUGUUUCCACAUCUGGAAGAAGAGUUAUACCUACACAUUGCCAGCUGGAAGCCAGUGCAACAAACAAUAACGAAUGCCUCCUCCUCCUCCGCUUCCUCUACACCCAUUGCCUUUUCAUCUGCUCCUCUCUCCAAAUUGAAGAAAAUAACGUUAGAACAAAUUGAGGAUCUAGAAACACUGCCAGAGGAUGGGUUGCAAAACCUCAUAUCUCUCCAGCAAUUGACAAUAGUUGACUGCCAAAGAUUAAAGUCUCUCUCCCAAGGUGUACAAUAUCUCACUGCGCUUCAAAACCUGGAGCUUACUGAUUGUCCUCUGCUUGAUCUAGGCAACGAUGAGCACGGGAUGCAAUGGAAAGGGCUUAAAAGCCUCAUCUCUUUGAAGUUUAAAGGUAUUCCGAAACUGGUAUCUCUCCCUUCAGGGCUUCAACAUGUUACCACUCUACGAGAGCUCCAAAUCUCAGAUUGUCUCAUGCUUGAUCUAGGCAACAAUGAGCACGGGAUGCAAUGGAAAGGGCUUAAAAGCCUCAUCUCUUUGAAGUUUAAAGGUAUUCCGAAACUGGUAUCUCUCCCUUCGGGGCUUCAACAUGUUACCACUCUACGAGAGCUCCAAAUCUCAGAUUGUCCCAUGCUUGAUAUAGGCAACAAUGAGCACGGGAUGCAAUGGAAGGGGCUUAAAAGCCUCAUCUCUUUGAAGUUUUCGGGUAUGCCGAAAUUGGUGUCUCUCCCAUUGGGGCUUCAAUAUGUUACAACUCUACGAGAGCUCCAUAUCAUAGGUUGUUCGAGCUUGGUGGCUAUACCAGAGUGGAUCUGCAAUUGGGCAUCACUUGAGCAGUUCACAAUUUUUAGAUGCUCUGGUUUAACAUCACUGCCUGAAGCAAUGAGUAGGCUAACCACUCUACGAGAGCUCCGAAUCUCAAAUUGUCCCGUGCUUGAUCUAGGCAACGGUAUGCAAUGGAAAGGGCUUAAAAGCCUCAUCUCUUUAGAUUUUGAUAGCAUUCCGAAUCUGGUGUCUCUCCCAUUGGGGCUUCAACAUGUUACCUCUCUACGAUGGCUCCAAAUCUCAGAUUGUUCAAGCUUGUUGGCUAUACCAGAGUGGAUCUACAAUUGGGCAUCGCUUGAGCAGUUCACAAUUUCUGGAUGCUCUGGUUUAACAUCACUGCCUGAAGCAAUGAGUAGUCUAACCUCUUUGAAAACGUUGGAAAUUCAAGAUUGCCCCAUCUUAUUACGAAGAUGCGAACUUGGAGGUGAGGAUCGGCCCAAGAUUGCUCACAUCCCAAAGCUGGACUUUCGUCUUCGUCCUUGACUUGGCUGAUCCACAAACGACUUCGAGUAAAGAAGAAACAGGGGAGAGGGAUCGAGAGUUUGUUAAAAAAAUCUAAUGCACUGCGACUUCUACAAGUAAAUAACUUAGUUACGAUUACCUCGCUUUCUUUAUUGUUUUAUCCUUUCCUAUUCAAAUAAUAAAUAUCACCAUAUGCAUGAUUCUUCACAUCCAGGAGAAUAGUAAUGAGGCGGAAGAAGAGCAAAGGGAAGAAAUAUAGGAGGGGGUUGCGGAGGAGAUCCAGGACUGGAAUCCAGGGGUCGCAAUGUUGAGGCUGUGUAAUUUCACGACAACAAUUUCAAUAGGGCCUACAUGUUUCUUAGCGUGGAAAGUGAUGGCAAUUUGAUUUUUCUCAAGACUAUCUCAUAUGUCUAAACUUAGAGGGAUGAUUUGGUUUGCAUGUUGGAGCACAUGUAUAUGAAGUUGAUCAUAGCUACAUGAUGGAUGAUGCGGCCAAUUGCGCGCUUUGAACUCCUUUAUUUGUGCAUGCUCUCCAAGAACAUUUUAUGCCAUCAAUUAUCUUGCAGCUAGCUAUUGCACAGAAAAUGAGGAUUUUCGAUUUUAUCCUAUGCUCGGUAAUUUGUGGCAGCUUGUAACAUAUUUUCUUUCACCCUGAAUGGUUAAUAACUCAUGUUUGCAGUGUGGUAUUGGAGUACCUAUCUAUUACUGUGUUAUCAUUUUAUAUAAUUCUAGCAAUUUUAGUAUUAUUUCAUAUUGAAACAUUCAAA